CUAAUUAUUCUUCAACAGCGAUGCCAUAGAAAUAUACAGGGCUACAGCAAAACUGGAAGUUCAAAGACAAUAUUCUAAAGAUGGCAGCGCGCAUGUUUCUCUGGAAAAUAAGGUCUAUAAAGCAGGAUUAAAUAAAUAUGCCAAUCCGAAUCCAAACCGGAAACGUCCAAGGAAAAAAUACGUAACUUCCUUAAACCGCCCUUGAUGGUCAGUUGCAGGAAUGGAUGAAGGUUUCACACUUCCUGAUGACAUCAAACAAUUGCUGGGGGGGUUCCUAAGCCUCCUCAGUGAAAAUCUUGAAAAAAAUUUGCCAGAACAAACUGAAAUUAUUCUCCGCCAGGCAGAAAACAUUAUGGAAUUUUUACUGCAAUGUGUUGAUUUGCCUCUUGAGUGUAUUGACCAGGCAAUUGAGAAAAUAUCCAGAGCUUGUGGUCUUUUACAAGCUAACAUGAAUGAUGCAACUACACGAUUUAGAAUUCCAGCGCUAUGUUCUGGUGAAAGAGGACGCCCAACUUUAAUAGUCACCUAUGACCAGCUGGAGUUUCUGCUUGAGCUGCAUUUCUCAGUUCCAGACAUGGCCAGAUUACUGGGUGUGAGUAAAUCGACUGUCAAGAGAAGACUCAGGGAGUACAGUCUGUCUGUUAGGCAGGCCUACAGUGUUAUCUCUGACGAGGACCUCAAGAAACAUCUUGAAGACUUCAUUACACAAUUCCCAAACUCUGGCUACAGAGUUGCUAGUGGUUUUUUGCGAGCACGUGGUGUUAGAGUACAACGAUCACGGCUGUUGGCAAUGCUUAAAGCAGUGGAUCCACUUGGGACAGCUCUACGAGGGGUUCAGCUCAACAUCAUACAAAGAAGAUCAUAUUGUGUAGGAGCACCAUUGGCACUGUGGCACAUUGAUGGAAAUCACAAACUGAUCAAUUGGCGAAUUGUAAUUCAUGGUGGUAUUGAUGGGUACAGCCGCAAAAUAAUGUUUCUCAGAGCCAGCAACAACAAUCGGGCAACAACUGUGUUGAGUUGCUUUCUUGCUGCUGUUGAAAAUUUUGGUUUACCUGUGAGGGUAAGAAGCGACAAGGGUGGAGAGAAUGUUGAGGUUGCCCGGUUUAUGCUGGAACACCCUCUUCGUGGACCAGGUAAUUAUGAAGAAUAGAUCAUAAGUGGAUGUGUUGUUUUAGAUCAAUUUUUAUCUUACGAUUUUCUUUUUAUAAUAUUAUUCCUAAUAUUAGUAAUAUUAUUAAUUACUUGGUUGUUGCUUACCAGAAGCCAAAAUCAUAUAAAGCGAUAGUUCACCCCAAAAUGAAAAUUCUGUCCUUAAUUAAUCACCCUCAUGUCAUUCCAAACUUGUAAGACCUUCAUUCAUCUUAGGAACACAAAUUAAUAUAUUUUUGAUGGAGUCUAAGAGCUUUCUGACCCUCCAUAGACAGCAUGGAUCCUUAAAUGAUCAAGGUCCAGAAACAUAGCAAGGACAUUGGUAAAAUAAUACAUGUGAAUUGAAUUCACUAACUGGCUGAACUUUCUCAAAAGUGUGCACAUUGGCUUAACAAACCUGCAUUCUAAUCACCUGCACCCGUUGCACUAAUUAAGGAUUUUCAUCACUUCCACUGCACUACCAUGUGCAAGUCCCAUGGCCCACCCAGCGACUUUCUCUUGUGCGGCGUAGGAUUGCAGCAGCUUCUCAUUACAAUGAUGUCUGCUCUUCAAGAUGUAGCUUCAGCGGUUUCCAACUGAUAGUGCCAAGAUAGUGUACAUCAUCUCGCUGCUCACCGGCCAUGUGCUGCAAUCGGCAAAAUCUAUUUGUGAUCAACCUGGUUCGAUCACAAGAUUGCAGGAUACUUUCUUCAACCAUUUUAAGGUGCCAUUUGGCCAGUCUGCUAGUGAUCUGUCUAUACAUUACUAGGCUACAUCAAGGAAAGUCUUUUAUAACUGAAAAUCUUUGCAGUUUCACACUCUGGUUGCAGUUCUAAUCGCUGCAUAUCGCCUAGGUCUCUCACCCCCGCUGUGGUUGCAGUUCUCCAUCUCAGAUGUCAUCAACGGUCUGGUAACCUCAUCCAAUGUUUAAUCCACAUAUCAAAAUAUUGUGCUUGCAAACAGAAUGUCUUGUCCUUGCAUUCCCCACCAGUAGCCCAGGUUGCCUCUCCUCCAGCACCUAACCAUUGCAAGUGGACACAUUUUUCACUAUCACCCUCAGAGAGACAGAAGGGCAUUAAGAACCACCUAUCCAUCUACUGUGUGAAAAAUGCUCAUCUCCAAGACAUCUGGUGCAGUCCAAAUUCAACCACACAUAUCAUUAUUAAAACACACUAUAGUAUCAGUUAUGUCUGCUACCCUAUAUUGGUCUGGUUUAUAACCAUUCCAAAACGUGCUCCGUUUACAAUUGCCCCUGUUUCCUUGGUCAGAAGAGCCUUUAGAUGUUCCAGCUGUAGACCACUGGUUCAAGCAGAGCAAGAAGGUCUGGGACUCUGAUCAUCUCCAUCUGCAGAGGGCUCUUAGGAAGCACAAGAGCCAGGCUGACGUCAGUAGAGUAGACAAUAAUAUACCACCUGGGACAAAAGGUCUCUCUCAACCAAGGGCAUUAACCUCUGACUACUCUGCUGCAUGCAGAGUCCCAGAUACACUGGACUAUUUACUAUAUCACGUCAGCUAAUUGACGUCACAUACCUGCUCAAUUUACCUCAACAAUACCAUGUUUUACCCAUGUUCUGUAGUUGUGUUCUAUUGAAGAAACACCAUUGAAGUCUUGUGUUGAUUCCAUCCUUCUGUUUGCCUUCAUUUGUUGUCACCUCGCUGGCUGGUAAUGUAUGUUUGUAAUGUAGUAAUUGUAUUUUUUUUUUUUUUCUAGAAAAUACCAGUUUUAUCACUGGCAGAAGCGUACACAACCAGAGAAUUGAGCGUCUCUGGCGUGACAUUUGAAACUUGAAAUUUGGAUUGACAUUGCUGUGUAUAAUGGGAGAUCAGAAACCUCUCAGAUUUCAUCAAAAAUAUCUUAAUUUAUAUUCUGAAGAUGAACGAAAGUCUUACGGGUGUUGGAACGGCACGAGGGAGUGAUUUCUGAGUGCUUGUGUUGUGUAUAACCAGUGGCAUCAAUUCACUAAAGUGGACAUCACAAAUUAUUUAACCCUGUGUUUUUCUACAGUUUUGGAAAUAAAUUCUGUAAAAUGUCCUGCUCACCCUUGUUCAUUUAAUGGU